CUUUGUUGUGCUAGGUGGCGCUAGGCGUUUUCUUCUUCCGUCAUUCUCAUUCGCUGCCUAGUUUUUCUUUUUGCAUUCGGUAUGUAGGUACUUUAGUAGGCUGUUUAAAUUUAUUCUCGUAAUGGCUGCCACGCUAAAUGUCUAGCUUAUUGGUUAUGUCAUGUAUAUAGAAUUGAAGUCCGGAUGUGCAAUUCGAAUUAUUCAACAAGUGUGUGGAACAAUGGUCGUGUGAAUGCUUCUUAGUAUCUAUCUCCCUGGAACGUUUCCUCUUUCAUGUUUCCUUUUUUGGCAAUUAAGUUAUGGACUCGGCGUUUGUGUACUGUAUGCAGUAAAAACACAAUCUAUGCCCCGUGAAAAGUGUUUGGAUGGACCAUAUUGAGUGAUAAGUGGUUUGCCGAGAGUCAAAAUGACGGAUAAUAGGUCUUCGUCAGCGUUGUUCAAGAGAGCGGAGCAGUUGAAGAGAUGGGAAGAAUCGGACACGAACAAGCAGUCCCCGACACCGCGACGGGCGUCAAGAAUUCAGUUUUCAUCUGGGAUAGUGUUUUUGGCGGCUUGUACGGCAGGUGACAAAGAUGAAGUGCAGAGACUGUUGAAGAGAGGCGCCGACAUCAACACUGCCAACGUUGACGGCCUCACUGCUCUCCAUCAGGUAGGCAUUAUGUUGUACCUACAUCAGCGAAACAUGGAAACGGCGUGCAUAGACGACAACUUGGACAUGGUGGAGUUUCUCGUGACGCACGGCGCUGACGUCAACCGCGGGGACAACGAAGGCUGGACUCCUCUGCAUGCCACAGCGUCUUGUGGAUUUCUCAGCAUAGCUAGGUACCUGUUAGAAAACGGUGCGGACGUUGCUGCAGUGAACUACGAUGGAGAACUACCCGUUGAUAUCGCUGAAAGCGAUGAGAUGGCAGAGUUGCUGCAAAAGAUCAUUGAUGAGAAAGGCGUGGACUGCGACAAAUCUCGCAGCGCUGAGGUGGACACGCUGCUGAGUGACGCUCGCAAUUGGGCAGCUAACGGCUAUGUUGAGGUCAGGGACAUGAACGGAGGGACCCCGCUCCAUGUUGCGGCAGCUAAAGGAUACAUCGAUGUGGCUACUACUCUGCUGGAGGAGUGCAGCGCUGACCCAGACUGCGUUGACUACGAAGGCUGGACGCCACUCCACGCGGCUGCACUCUGGGGCCAGAAAGACGCAGCCGCAUUGCUCCUCCAAUACGGAGCCGACCCGCUUAUCAAGAACUAUUCUGGCCAAACUUGCAUGGACCUUGUCGAUCCAGCAAUGACGUCGUGGCUGGCAGACGCAAUGAAUGCGCAGCGUCGCAUGAACAAUAACAAUAACAAACGCAAGCGCAGUCCGCCACAACAUGACGCUAAACGAGCGGACAUCGAGAUCAACGCGCAACCAGAGAAAGUCGUCAACGACAAGCCGCCGGCGUCGCCUGAGAUUACUAAGACGGAGGGCAAGCCGCCUCGAGGCAGGCCGCCUUCGCCUGAAACCACAGAAACAGAAUCGUCGCCAGAAGACGCGCCUUCAUGGCGCAGAUCUGCCUCAUUCCGUAACAGGCAACCAGAACCGCCCAGAGAAAAUAGCAAGACGGUGAACAAUGCAGUUGAUAACGACACCAUACUGAGACGAACACACAGCUUUGAAAAUGAUAAGAGCUUCUACCAACGGUAUCGAGACGUGACCGCACGCAUAAAGGCGUCCUCGUGCCCUUCAAUACCGCCGGCGCAGCCACCAACGGAGAGGAAAAAAAUUCAAGAGCACACUAACAAUGCUACAGAGAGUACUAACGACGAUGUACAAACAAGAAUAAACCCUUCGGACAGACGAGAAAGGGAGGUGAACACGUGGAGCGGCCCGACCACUACCACACCGAGCGCCAGUCCGACCAACACCACCACCACAACGACAGUCAGAAGGUCGUUUGUGCCCCCGGUUCGAGAUGAGGAGAGUGAAACUCAAAGGAAAGCUCACGCGAAAAGAGUGCGUGAAACGCGACGCUCCACCCAAGGAGUCACACUCGACGAGAUCAAGUCCGCAGAACAGCUCGUCAAGAAGAAAGCCGGUAAUGGCACCACAGAAAGCCCCUCACCGGGCAGCCAGAAGAAAGAAGAACCGACACCUACUCCUGCGCCACCACCAACAGACAACGGCUCGUUUGAGCUUGAGGAUGCCGGUCGGUCUUCGCCGCGACCUGCCGCCACCGCAGCUGAGGCGACCGUCACGCUUCCGUACCGUCGCCCACCCACUGGUUCCACCGCGAACACCACCACCUCCACACCUAAAGAUGAUAAUAGGACAGAACCGUCUGGCGAAGAAGACAAAGAGCGCGAGAGCAGUACAGAAAGCAAGUCAUCAAGCAACGCGUCGCCAGCUAGCACGCAGGCAGCACUCAACGUUAUACAACGCCGGCGCAGGCCAAAGCGACGCUCCACGGGCGUAGGACACGUCGAUAUGGACGAUAUUGUGAAUGACCGCGGCGGAGGCGGCGAGGGCUGCGAUGCGGAUAACGAGGCGCCAGCGUUUUAUGGCGUAGACGAGUAA